AUUUAAUUUACAAAAAUGAUUAUAGGGAUAGUUUUAGAAUUUAUACCAGCAGCUAGUUAUAAGCGCAAAAUGCCAUUCUCUUUAUCAUCUGUUCUGUAUCGGAAAAGACUUGUUUUAUUAGGAACAGGAUGGGGAUGUUAUAGUGUGUUAAAAAAUAUUAACAAGAAGCUUUAUGAUGUGAUUGUUGUUAGUCCACGAAAUCAUUUUCUUUUUACACCCUUGUUAAAUAGCACAACUGUUGGGACUUUAGAAUUUCGAAGCAUAAUUGAACCGAUUCGAAACACUAAGUUUCGGGAUGAUCAUCAUUUUCAAUUGGCUGAAGCAAUUCACUUAAAUCCACAUGAUAAAUUAGUUGUUUGUAAAGCAGUCUCAUCUGAUAAAGAAUAUACUUUAUCAUACGAUAAAGUUGUAAUUGGUGUUGGAGCUGUUAGUAAUACUUUUGGAAUUCCUGGUGUCCCAAAGUAUGCAUAUUUUUUGAAAGAAAUAGCAGAUGCUAGAAAAAUACGUAAUCAAAUCAUAUCUAAUUUUGAGCAAAGUUUGUUUCCAUAUGUAAAUGAAGAGGAAAGGUUAUCACUGUUGCAUUUUGUCAUUGUUGGUGGUGGUCCAACUGGUAUUGAAUUUGGAGCUGAGUUGUAUGACUUUAUAACACAUGAUGUUGCAAGACUUUUUCCAGGAGAGAAGAAUGAUGUUCAUGUAACAUUAGUUGAAGGAGAUUCAAUAUUACCUUCAUUUGACCAGCGAUUACGUAAAUUUGCUGAGAGAAAAAUUACACAAAGAGAAAAUUUCCACUUAAUCAAAGAUUUUGUUGUGGAAGUUGGUGAGAACUAUGUGAAGUUGAAAUCAGGAAAAGUUCUUUUAACUAAGCUUGUAGUGUGGUCAACCGGUCUUGGUCCCAGAAAGUUUAUAGAAAGUUUAGACCUACCUAAAGGUAAAUCAAAACAACUCAAGGUAGAUGAUCAUCUUCGUGUAGUUGGUUAUGACAGUAUAUUUGCAAUUGGUGAUUGUUCAUACAUAGAUGGAUCUCCUUUACCAAGCACGGCUCAAGUGGCUGAAAGACAAGGUCGAUAUGUUGCACAGUACUUAUCCUUAUUAGAAACAAAUUCUAAAACAGACAGUAAACCAUUUAUGUGGUCCAAUGCUGGUAUGCUUGCAUAUAUUGGUGGAUAUAAAGCUGUUGCAGAUCUUCCAACAAAAGCUGGGAAGAUAACUGGAUUUAAAAGUUGGUUAAUAUGGCGAUCGGUUUAUCUUACUCGCUUAGGGAGCUGGAGAAAUCGAAUGCAAGUUCCAUUUGACUGGGCUAGGACUUUUUUUUUUGGCAGGGAUAUAUCUAGGUUUUAAAUUACAAACUUUAUUUAAUAUUUAAUAUUUUUUGU